AUGAGCAUGCAACUUCCUCGCGGCAAGGGUGUGGAGGAUGACUUGCCACAGUCUGCCGGCAAGUACUCUGAACUUCAACCAACAUCUGAGUCCAUGGGUCUGGUUUGGACUAAUUACCAGAAGACCUUGGAGGAUAUCAUUGUUAACGUUGACCUACCAAGCACCUCUGAGAUUCACCAGCAGGAGGAAAGUGCACUUGCCACAGCAGGUAGAUACUCCGGCAAGGUCAUCGCCCCUGUGAAGUUGAUCAAGACCAUCAAGACCUCAAACAACAGCUUUCCCAACCACACAGAGUUCUAUCAAGAUCUGUAUACAUACGAGCCCUCUUUCACUGAUUCCACUCCUCUCGGUGCUGUAGAAUCAUACCAGCUUGGCAGCUAUCAGCACUCGACAUACCUGAACCCCUCUUCCCCAUCACACAUCAGUGGCAUCCAUGCUGACCUCAUGCAAAAUGGUCAAGUGAUUGUGCAUGCCAAGGCUGGUGAGGAAGGCACUGCAGUCUUUGAUAGUGCCAUAGCCAUCCUGCAAGGCCUCUUCCUGCCAAAUCCAAACAAUGUGAUUGAGCUUGCCAAUGGGAUGAAGCAUUCCAGUCAAAAUGACUCCAAGCAGCGUUGA